AUUUUCAUAUGUUCAUCUCUGUGAAGAAGAUUUGUGCCACACAACCAACACACGGAACAUCUCUUCUUGUUAUGAACUUUUUUUGAUCAAAAGCCACUUGCAAGUAUUAAUGUUUUUUCAUUAGAGAAAAAAACAGGAAGACAAUAGCCACUAACACAGUUAUAUAUUCUUUUUUAAAUUUGUAUCAUACAACAAAGUACUAUUAUCAUCAUCAUGAACGUUCUAAAUCCAAAUACUUAUGUACACAUUCUUGAUAAUGAUUCGGGUGUUGUCAAGAUUGAAAUUGGUCCAAAACGUAUUGCUUUGAGAGCCAAUGAAGCCAUCAUUAAUACACAAAAUUUGUCAAUCAUCAAGGAAGGACAAUAUGUUAUUAUUAAAAAUCCAUAUGAUUAUGAGGAAGAAAGAAACUUGAUGGGUGAACGUCGUGUUAUUGAAGGACCAAAGGCUUUGGCAUUGCAUAGAAAUGAAGUCAUUGAAGCUAUUACUGAUGUUCAUAUUUUGAAACCAAACCAAGCUUUGAGAUUGAGAUGUUUGGUUGAUAAGAAGAUAGAAAUUGAUGGAAAGGAAGUUGAUUUGAAGGCCGGUGAUGUUUAUCAAAUUAAAGGACCAGCCAGAUUUAUUCCAGAUAAGGAUACUGAAGUUAUGAAAACUGUUAAUGCCAUCAUGAUCAAUGAAAAUGAAGGUAUUUAUGUUCAAGAUACUGAAACUUCCGAAAAGAAGUUAGUUAAGGGACCUGCAUGUUAUAUUUUGAAAGCAACUGAAGAAUUGUACUAUAAGCAAUACACUGAUAUGGAAAAGACUGCUCUUGGAUUACCUACUAGCUCGGAUUAUAUGGCUACUGUUAUUCGUCUUGAAAAGAAACAAGUAGUUUGUGUUUUGGAUGCUGAAAGAAAUGAAAGAAUUAUCAAUGGACCAACCUCAUACAUUCUCUCACCUGAGGAACACGUUAAGUGUCUCUGGUUGUCUGCUGGUAAGCCAAAACAAAUCAAACAAAUUAAGGCCGCCAAAAUUAUGAGAGGUCCAGAUUUCGUUUCUGAUUCUUUCCGUGUCAGUACAAAGGACAAUGCUGAACUCAGCAUUUUGUUAACUUACAAGUGGGAAUUUUUGGUUGAUGAAUCAGAUUCACAUGUCAUGUUCAGAAUGCUUGACUUUAUUGGAUAUAUUUGUGCUACCCUCAUGUCAAGAGUUAGAGAACUUGCUGCUCUUUUCACAUUCGAAGAAUUCCACAGCGGAACUGUAUCAUUAAUUCGAAAGCACCUUUUCAAUGAAUCCAAAGUCAAUGUUGGAAACGAAGAAAAGUCCGUUCUUGGUAUUUAUUUUGAUGAAAUCAAAUUAUUAGUCUCUGAAAUCGACGUUAAAUCAAUCUCACCUGUUAAUAACCAAAUCAAUGAUCUCUUGAACCAAUCUAUCAAAUCUAAUAUGCGAAUUGUCUGUAACAAGAUGGAAACUGAAGCCUCCAGAGAAGCUCAAAAGGAACAACUUAAGGCAGAAGCUGAAAUUCAAAAAUUACGUGAAGAACUCAUCGGUAUUGAAAAUGAAAACUUGCAAGUUGAAAAGGUUGAAGAAGCCAAGAUUGAUUCUCAAGUCACUUAUGAAACAACCAAAGCUAACAUUGAAGUUCAAAAUUAUAUCAAAUCAACAGAUGCUCAAAUUGAAUUAUCAUACAUGAAGGGCAUGAUUGAAUUAUUAUCUACCGAACAAGGAAGAAAAUAUAUGGAACUCAAGAAGGCAGAAAUGGCUUCCAACAUUCCAGAUCAAGUUUGGUAUCUCAAUAAUGAAAAGAUCCACUCUUCUCUCUUCCAAUAAAUACUAUAUAUUAUUUGUAUCUC